AGUUCUGAUGACGUAUUACACACUACACAUUGGAUAUUGCACGUUGUCGAGAAAGUUUCUUAUGAUUUCGCAAUCAUCUUGUUUUUAAACCGAAGAUUUGAAUUUCUGAUAUCAGUGCUAUGGCUGUCCGUGCUCAGUUUGAGGGAAAUAAUGAAAUUGGUGUGUUCAGUAAACUGACAAAUUCAUAUUGCCUAACUGCAAUAGGUGGUUCUGAAAACUUUUACAGUGUGUUUGAAGGUGAAUUAUCAGAAACUAUACCUGUAGUGCAUGUCAGUCUUGCAGGAUGCAGAAUUAUUGGGAGGAUGUGUGUAGGAAACAGAAAUGGUUUACUUGUUCCAAACACAACAACAGAUCAAGAAUUACAGCAUAUAAGAAAUUCCCUUCCUGACACUGUAAAAAUACAGAGAGUUGAGGAACGGUUAUCUGCCCUUGGCAAUGUUAUCACAUGUAAUGAUUAUGUUGCCUUGGUACAUCCAGAUUUAGACAGGGAAACGGAAGAAAUAAUCUCUGAUGUGUUGAAAGUAGAAGUAUUCAGACAAACAGUUGCAGACAAUGUUUUAGUGGGAAGUUAUUGUGCAAUCAGUAAUCAAGGAGGACUGGUACAUCCAAAAACCACCAUAGAAGAUCAAGACGAAUUAUCAUCAUUAUUACAAGUUCCACUGGUGGCAGGUACAGUGAACAGAGGCAGUGAUGUGAUAGCAGCAGGUCUGGUAGUCAAUGAUUGGAUAGCAUUUUGUGGACUUGAUACAACCAGUACAGAAUUAUCAGUAGUAGAAAGUGUAUUUAAACUUGGCGAUAGACAACCUAGCUCAAUAUCCACAGAAAUGAGAGAAAGUUUAAUUGAUAGUAUGACAUAAAGACAGCAAAGCAAUUACAAAUGGAUGAAUGAAGAAUGCUUGUGUGCAAGGAGAUGUGAAUGUUUAACCAGAUCACAAACUGAGAACCCAUAUAUACAACAGGACUAAUUGGUGAUGUUGCAGAGUAAAGUACUAUCUGGAGAAUCCUUUUAGUCUCAUAUACUAAGUUGAAAAAAAACAUGGAAAGCUUCAGCAUUUAUAAACUUAUUGGUAAAAAUUAAUACAUAUGUGUAUAGUAUUUUUCUGAUAAACUGUUUAGAAUACUUAUGCCCUGCCUACAUUAAUAAAGGGCCAUUAGGUUUUAUACGCCCGUUUACGGGACAUAUUAUGAUAUACCGUUGUACGUCCGUCUGUCGUCAACAUGUCGAACAAUAACUCAAAAACCCUUAAAACCAAUUUGCAUGAAACUUUGGUAAAUUAUUUAUAUCUAUUUACAUGAGCUUCCUUUCGAUUUUUAUAAAUUUUAUAAAUUUUUAAUAUGACAUUGAGAAGUUAUUGAACUUUAUUCUUUGGAAAAGCGAUGGGCAUAUCAUGCGCUCAUGGCGCAGCUGUUUAUUAAGUCUGUGGGUCUGGCAGUCUGUCUGUCUGUCUUGUAUCAGAUUAAAGUUUUGGUUAAUGAAAAUUGUGAACACAUCAACAUGAAACGUAGUACACAAAACGGGUUUUGUGCAUUGAACAUUAUUUCAGAGGAAGUCAUUGGAAAAACAAAACAUAUAUUCUAUAUUUAAAUAAAAUAGAAAGUUGAUUAAUUUUUUUGGUAUAUAUAAAAGAAAAGAGCUAACCAUUGAAAUUUUGAAGUACAGGAAGGAUUGGGAUCCAUUAUAAUAAAUCAAGAGUGCUAUAGAUAUUAAAGUAACUCCAUCACUGAUAUUAAGUUUUGUUUUGUUAAGAGAUAUUUGCAUUUUGAAUACUCUAAACACAAAGAAAAUUGGGAGCUUUUAAUUCUUCAUUGUACAUGUGAAAAGUUUGUUGAACAUCUAGAAUUUAUGUUUAUAUAUAUCCCUAAAACAGUUAUCUUGAGAAAUGAUAUCAGCAUGUUGCAAAAAAAAAAUUAAACAUUCUCAUGUUAACAAGUAGGAAAGAAGAAUCUAGGAACAGAUAAAAGAAUAAUGUAAAAUUGAAGUGAUUAUUGAUUAAACAUACAAAUGUAUAUGUCAAAUUGUCAAUGCAGAAUGAAAUAGUUACAAGGUUAAUAAUUUUAUCAUGUUAACAAAUAUGUGAAAGUGCCAAUUACAUUUAUUAUAAAUUGUCAUCUAGAAUUUAUUUUCUAAAUACUGUAAGUAAAUAAAUAUCAAGAUCUGUAAA